GCAUUUACUUCCAUCCAAAGCUAAUAAUUUAAUACACAUGAUAAAGUCCCCACCAGCCUCAUUUCUUUUCCUUUAUUUCAAGUUUUCAACUUCUUCUCCCACAUGUGUGUUGCCAAUCUUUAAAAAUCUUCCUAUUAACCCUCUCUGACUAUCCAUUACUGCCACAUAAAUAACUCACAUCUCACUCUCACAUCUAGAGCUUCAAAACUCAUUUGAAAAAAAUAGAAAAAAACUUCCCACGUUCCUCACCAAGAAAUCCAGAGAUAUGGGCAAGAAAAUGAAGCUUCCCUUUCCUUUCAAAAGCACAGAUAUUGCAAGGCCUCCAUGGCCUUGGUAUUGUCACCAACAACCUAGAACCCUUUCUUUCAGAACCAACUGCAAUGACAACAUUUACAAGACCAUGAACUCAAUCUUCUUAGACACUGCCAUUGAAGUGGUAGGCACAACCGAGUCUUGCUUCACUAACUCAUCAGAGUCACCUAGCUUUUCAACCACCUCUGAAGACUCAGGAGUGGACCCGGUAGAGACAGUGAUUCGAGGGUUAAGGUCACAAGAGAGGCUGUUUUUCAAGCCAGAAGAGACAAGUUCUAUAUUGGAAGAGGCAAAGGAAAGUGGGUUUCCAUUCAAGGAAAGUGUGGCAUUGUCAAUGGAUUCCCAAGACCCUUUUGUGGAUUUUCGAAAGUCUAUGGAAGAAAUGGUGGAGGCUCAUGGAGUGAAAGAUUGGGAAGGCCUUGAAGAGCUUUUGUGUUGGUAUUUGAAAAUAAAUGAAAAGAGCAACCAUGGGUAUAUUGUUGGAGCUUUUGUUGAUUUGUUGGUUAGUCUUGCGUUUGCUAAUUCAUCUUCUACUUGUAGUUGUUCUCAUUCUCAUUCUCAUUCUCCUUCUUCUCCUUUAUCUUUUUAUACUUCUUCUUCAUUUUCUUCUUCUACUACUCCUUGUGUUUCCUCAUUAGAAGUUGAGGAAGAUAGUGAUAGCACUCCUUGUUUAUCUUCAUUAUUAGAAUGUGAGAAGGAGAUCAAAGACAAUGAAGAUGAUAGUUCUUCAUCAUCUUUUAAUGUUUGAUUUAAUGUAAGGAUACGUAUGUAUACCAUUGUAGUUUUUUUUGAGAAAUGAGACUUUUAACUUUUUUUGUUA